AUGUUCGAGGCUCAUGUUUUACAUUUGCUUCGGAGGUAUUUGGGAGAGUAUGUCCAUGGUCUCUCUGCUGAGGCUUUGAGAAUCAGUGUCUGGCAAGGUGAUGUGGUUCUUAAAGAUCUGAAACUUAAAGCGGAGGCUCUUAAUUCUCUUAAGCUUCCAGUUAUUGUCAAAGCUGGUUUUAUUGGUACAAUAACUUUAAAGGUUCCUUGGAAAAGUCUUGGAAAGGAGCCAGUGAUUGUGCUUAUUGAUCGAGUUUUCAUUCUAGCUCAUCCAGAAGCUGAUUCAAGAUCUCUUAAGGAGGAGGAUCGUGAAAAGCUUUUCCAGAGCAAGCUUCAGCAGAUUGAGGAAGCAGAAUCAGCAACCCUCGAAGCAACAUCAAGAUCAAAGAUUGGGAGUUCCUCACCUGGUAAUACUUGGCUAGGGUCAUUGAUUGCUACGAUUAUUGGAAAUCUUAAAAUUACAAUCAGCAACGUUCAUGUGCGAUAUGAGGAUGGUGUCAGCAACCCGGGGCAUCCUUUUUCAUGUGGUAUUACACUGGCAAAACUUGCUGCAGUCACAAUGGAUGAGCAAGGGAAUGAAACCUUUGAUACAAGUGGGGCUUUAGAUAAAUUGCGCAAGUCAGUGCAUCUUGAAAGGCUCGCAAUGUAUCAUGAUUCAAAUCGCGAUCCUUGGAAGUUGGAUAAGAAAUGGGAGGAUCUUAGUCCCAAAGAAUGGGUGGAGAUCUUCGAAGAUGGCAUCAACAAGUUUGCACAUGGAAAUACAUCAAAAUCAGUAUGGUCAAGAGAUCGGAACUACUUAGUAUCUCCAAUCAAUGGUUUGCUGAAAUAUCACCGGCUGGGGAAUCAAGAAAGAAAUGAUCCAAAUGUUCCUUUUGAGAGGGCUUCUGUUGUUGUCACUGAUGUCUCCUUGACUAUCACAGAGGCGCAAUAUUAUGACUGGAUCAGGCUCAUGGAGGUCAUUUCUAGGUAUAAGACAUAUGUUGAAAUAUCUCAUUUAAGGCCAGUGGUACCGAUUUCGGACAAUGCAAUGUUGUGGUGGCGCUAUGCUGCUCAGGCCGCGUUGCAGCAGAAAAAGAUGUGUUAUCGACUUUCUUGGGGCCAAAUCAAGUACCUUUGCAAUCUGCGUCGACGCUACAUACACUUAUAUGCCGAUUCAUUGCAGCAAUCUUUAAAUGUUGACAACUACGAAAUCAGAGACAUGGAGAAGGAUCUUGAUCCCAAAGUUAUUCUAUUGUGGAGGUUACUGGCACAUGCCAAAGUUGAAUCUGCAAAAUCAAAGGAGGCAGCAGAGCAGAAGAUGCUUAGGAAGAAGAGCUGGUUUUCUUUCAAAUGGGGCUCUGCUUCGGAUGAGGUCUCAAGUGGCAAUGCCUCUGAUGGAUCAUCACCCGUGGUGCAAGAAAAAUUGACUAAAGAAGAAUGGCAUGCUAUCAACAAGCUUUUGAGCUACCAGUCGGACGAGGAUUUGACUUUACAUCAUGGGAAAGAAUUGCAGAAUAUGAUACGAUACUUGGUUGAUGUAUCUAUCAGUAGGGCUGCUGCUAGGAUCAUCAAUAUCCAUGACACUGAGAUUGCUUGUGGAACGUUCGAGAACCUUCACGUGUCUACUAAGUUAAAGCAUCGAAGCACGCAUUGUGAUUUGACUUUGAAGUUUUAUGGUUUGUCGGCUCCUGAAGGUUCACUUGCCCAGAGUGUUUGUAGUGAGCAGAAGGUAAAUGCAUUGUCUGCUAGUUUUGUUCACUCACCGGCUGGGGAGAAUCUAGAUUGGAGGCUUUCGGCAACAAUUUCUCCCUGUCAUGUGACGGUUUUCGUGGAAAGCUACAAUCGUUUUGUGGAAUUUAUGAAAAGAAGUAAUGCUGUCAGCCCUACUGUUGCUAUGGAAACUGCAACUGCAUUGCAGCACAAGUUUGAGAAAGUGACACGGAGGGCUCAAGAGCAAUUUCAGAUGGUUUUAGAAGAGCAAAGCAGAUUUGCUCUUGAUAUUGAUCUUGAUGCUCCCAAGGUCCGAGUUCCCAUUAGGAGUGCUAAUUCUUCUAAAUGUGAUAGCCAUCUUCUUUUGGAUUUUGGUCAUUUUACAUUGCUUACCAAGGAUGGUGAUGGAUUCCUCGAUGAGGGCCAAAGCUUAUAUUCUCGUUUUUAUAUUUCGGGUAGGGAUAUCGCCGCCUUUUUUUCAGAUUGCGGUUCUGAUAGUCAGACUUGCAUUUUGGCAAGUAAGCCUUCGGCCUCGUCCAGUUUGCAAGAUGUAGAUAGCUUUUAUUCUUUGGUUGAUCGGUGUGGAAUGGCUAUUAUCAUUGAUCAGAUUAAGGCGCCCCAUCCAAGCCAUCCAUCCACCCGUGUUUCUAUCCAGAUGCCAACACUUGGCCUGCACUUUUCGCCCUCCAGGUAUUGCAAACUCAUGGAGUUGUCAAAUUUAUUGAACGGAACAAUGCAAACAUCAGAGCAGCUUGCUGUGGGAAAUUCACGAAGUACGUUAGCCCCCUGGAACCCUCCAGACCUUGCAACAGAAGCUCGGAUACUUGUUUGGAAGGGGAUUGGCUAUUCAGUUGCUGCUUGGCAACCCUGUUUUAUCGUGUUAUCUGGCCUCUACCUUUAUGUUUUGGAGUCAGAGGCAUCCUCCACUUACCAGCGCUGCACAAGUAUGUCCGGAAAACAAGUACUUGAAGUUCCUUCAACCAAUGUCGGUGGUUCUCAUUGUUGUGUUGCUUUGUGUGCUAGAGGUGUGGAUGCCCAAAAGGCUUUGGAGUCUUAUAGCAGUCUGAUAAUUGAGUUUCAAGAUGAGGAAGAGAAGAUGGUUUGGGUAAAAGGACUUGUGCAAGCGACAUAUCAAGCGUCGGCUCCUCCUUCAGUUGAUAUUCUUGGAGACUUUCGUUCUGAUGCAUCCGAGUUUACUGAAUCUCGCGCCAUUGCUGUGAAGUUUGUCGAUCUGGUUGUUAAUGGAACGCUUGUAGAAACAAAAUUAUCUCUGUAUGGAAAGUGUGGAGACUCAAUGAAUGACAGAAUUGAAGAGAGUCUGAUUCUUCAGCUUCUGGCUGGUGGAGGGAAGGUAUUUGUAUCACGGUGUGAUUCUGACCUUGACGUGAAGGUGAAGCUGCACUCUUUGAAAAUUAAGGAUGAACGUCAGGGUUCUUUGUCUUUGAGUCCGCAAUAUUUAGCCUGCUCUUUCCUGGCAGACCAACAGUCAGUUUCUUAUGACACUAAUCUAUCUGAAGAAUCUCAUGGGUAUGAAGUGUUGACCAUGGAAGAGGAUGAUAGCUUUAAAGAUGCUUUACAGGAUUUCAUGCUUGUUCCUGAUUCUCCUGAAUUCAUUAAUGAUGGGAAAGAUCCAUUGAAAUCAAAAUCUGUUGCUGGUGAUAUUUUUUAUGAGGCGGAGGGAUCUGAUGAAUCUGACUUCGUUUCUCUUAUUUACCUGACACGCAAUCCUGCUUCACCUGAUUAUGUUGGUAUAGAUACUCAGAUGAGCAUCAGAAUGUCCAAAUUGGAAUUUUAUUGCAACAGACCUACCCUGGUUGAUUUAAUUGCUUUUGGUCUUGACCUUAGUUCAGCAAGUACGAGUAAAGAGAAUGCAGAAGCAGAAGACACAACAGUCUUGGGUGAUGAAACUUCUUCAAUUAAGAAAGAAAAAACAGACGAACAUGAGAAUUCUUUUGUCAAAGGCUUGCUGGGACAUGGUAAAGGUCGUGUCGUGUUUUAUUUGAACAUGAACGUUGACAAUGUAACUGUGUUCCUCAACAAGGAGGAUGGAUCACAGCUUGCUAUGUUUGUGCAAGAAAGUUUCUUGUUGGAUAUUAAGGUUCAUCCAAGUUCUACAACUAUAGAAGGCACAUUAGGAAACCUUAGGUUAUGUGACCUGUCACUUGGAUCGAAUAACUGGGGAUGGCUUUGUGAUAUACGUAAUCAGGGUGCUGAAUCACUUGUGGAGUUUAAGUUCAGUUCUUACAGUUCUUCAGAUGACGAUUAUGAGGGAUAUGACUACAGCUUGUGUGGACGACUCUCUGCUGUUCGGAUCGUUUUUCUUUAUAGAUUUGUUCAGGAGAUAACUGCGUAUUUUAUGGAGCUUGCGACUCCACAUACCGAGGAAGUGAUUAAGCUGGUCGACAAAGUUGGAGGCAUUGAGUGGUUGAUUCAGAAGUAUGAAAUUGAUGGUGCAUCUGCUGUGAAGCUAGAUCUCUCACUGGACACACCGCUUAUAAUAGUGCCUAGAAACUCUAUGAGCAAAGACUUUAUGCAACUUGAUCUUGGCCAUUUACAAAUCAGAAAUGAAUGUACUUGGCAUGGGGACCCUGUGAAAGAUCCUUCUGCUGUUCAUCUUGAUAUUCUUGAUGCAGAGAUCCUUGGCAUCAACAUGGCUAUCGGAGUUGAUGGUUCUCUUGGUGAACCUAUGAUAAGAGAAGGGAGUGAUAUUCAUGUUUAUGUACGUCGAAGUCUCAGAGAUGUCUUUAGGAAAGUCCCCACCUUUGCUUUGGAAGUGAAGGUUGGUAAGCUACAUGCCAUGAUGUCUCAUAAGGAAUAUAUCAUUAUUCUUGACUGCUUCUACAUGAACCUGAAUGAACAACCAAGCCUUCCUCCUAGUUUUCGGGGCCACAAGUCUGCUCCAAAAGAUACAAUAAAAUUGCUGGCUGACAAGGUGAACAUGAAUGGUCAAGUGCUGUUGUCACGGACUGUCACUAUAAUUGCUGUAAAAGUUGACUUUGCAUUGCUGGAGGUUUACCAUGGUGUUCUUGAGGAGUUACCUCUGGCUCAUAUUGCUCUUGAAGGUCUUUGGGUGUCAUACCGGAUGACUUCAUUGUCUGAGGCAGACCUUUAUGUGACUGUUUCCAAGUUUUCCAUUAUAGAUAAUCGUCCCGGGACGAAACCUGAAAUGCGUCUGAUGCUUGGUUCCUGUGCCGACGCUUCAAAGCAGAUAUUGUCGGCUGAAUUUACUGUUGUUGCUGAUGCACCGACUUCAACUAUGCUCGUGAUGGAUUGUCGAUGGCGAUCAUCGUCCCAAUCAUUUGUAGUUCGCAUACAACAGCCUCGGAUACUCGUUGUUUUAGAUUUUCUUCUUGCUGUUUGUGAGUUUUUUGUACCGUCUCUAGGAACAUUUACAGGGAGAGAGGAAAUGAUGGAUCCGAAGAAUGACCCGGUCGUUAAAAGCCAAAGCAUUCUUCUUUGCACUCCGGCUUAUAAACAGACAGAAGAUGUAGUUAUAUUUUCCCCGAAUAGGCAGUUAAUUGCUGAUUCUGUAGGCCUUCAUGAAUAUGUAUAUGAUGGCUGUGGAAAGACUAUCAGUCUCUUGGAUGACGUUGACAGUAAGGAGUUCCAUUCAUCCGGAGAUCAACCCAUUAUUAUUAUAGGGAAUGGCAAGAAGUUGAGAUUCAUGAAUGUGAAGAUUGAGAAUGCUUCUUUAAUUGCCACGCAUAUUUACUUGGGUUGCGAAAGCAGCUUCUCAGUGUCUGAUGAAGAUGGGGUGGAAAUGAUAUUUUGGGAGAAUGGCUCACUUGAUAAUGAUGGCACCGAAUAUUCAGGUCAGAUGGAAGAGUUGUAUCAUGCAUCUGAUGUCUCGGGCUCAGUUCAAAGUGAAUCGGGAAAAUUGCAAAGUUUUAGUUUUGAAACCCAGAUUGUUUCGCCUGAAUUGACCUUUUAUGACAGUAGUAAGUCAUCCCUUGAUGAUUCCACAUAUGGUGAAAAGCUUCUACGUGCAAAAAUGGAUUUCAGCUUCAUGUAUGCCUCCAAGGAAAGUGACACUUGGAUUCGUGGCCUUCUGAAAGAUCUUAGUCUCGAGGCUGGUUCAGGACUUAUCAUUCUCGAUCCAGUUGAUAUUUCUGGAGGAUAUACAUCCGUCAAGGAGAAAAUGAAUCUGUCUCUGAUGUCCACAGAUAUAUGUGUUCAUCUAUCUCUUAGCGUGCUGUCCCUUUUGCUGAACCUACAAGGGCAGGCUGCAGCAGCUUUGGAGUUUGGCAAUGCUGCUCCCCUGUCUCCUUGUACCAACUUUGAUCGAAUUUGGGUUUCUCCUAAAGAGAUUGGGAAUCAUAACAACCUUACAUUUUGGAGGCCACAAGCCCUUUCCAACUAUGUUAUAUUGGGAGAUUGUGUGACAUCAAGGCCAAGUCCUCCUGCGCAGACUGUUAUGGCUGUCAGCAAUACUUAUGGUCGUGUGAGAAAGCCUCUUGGUUUCAAGCUGAUGGGUACAGUUUCCAGAGAUCCUGUUUCAGAUGAUUCAUAUUCAGAAGCUGAUUCGUCGGAUUCUGAUUGUUCUCUUUGGUUUCCAAUUGCUCCACCUGGAUAUCUAGCAUUAGGCUGUGUUGCUCACAGAGGAUACCAACCGCCACCAAAUCACAUUGUUCAUUGUUUACGAUCUGAUCUUGUCACUUCGACAAUGUAUUCAGAAUGCUUAUUUAGUGUUGGCUCUAGUGUUUCCUACAUAUCUGGUUUUAGCAUUUGGCGUUUGGAUAAUGCUUUUGGAUCGUUUUAUGCCCAUCCAUCAACUGGAUGCCCUCCUAUUGAUGAUUGUUAUGACAGAAAUCAUCGCCUUCGUUGGUUUUCUCCCAGCCAUAAGUUGUCUUCCUCUAACCAAUCAGCCUCGAGUUCAAAAGCUGUCCUGGAACCUAGAAAUGAGCCAAAUAGUGAUGCUGCAACUUCUUCUGGAUGGGACAAGGUUAGAUCUAUAUCAAAGGCAACCUCUUGCUACAUUUCAACUCCCCACUUCAAGAGAAUUUGGUGGGAUAGAGGUAGUGAUCUUCGCCAACCAGUCUCUAUAUGGCGUCCUGUUCCACGUCCUGGAUAUGCUAUUUUGGGAGACUGCAUCACUGAAGGGUUGGAACCACCUCCGCUUGGUCUAAUUUUCAGGACUGACAAUUCUGAUAUGUCUUCAAAGCCUGUUCAAUUUACUAGGGUUGCUCAUAUCGGAAUUAAGGGUGUUGAUGAAGCUUUCUUCUGGUAUCCGAUUGCCCCUCCAGGUUAUGUUUCUCUCGGAUGCGUCGUCACUCAAUAUGAUGUAGCUCCAAGUUUAGAAUCAUUUUGUUGUCCUAGGUUAGAUCUUGUUAGUCAAACUAAUAUCCUGGAGAUACCCGUAACUAAAUACUCGAGCUCCAAGGCAUCCCAAUGCUGGAGCAUUUGGAAGGUGGAAAAUCAGGCCUGUACCUUCCUUGCCCGCUCUGACUUGAAAAAGCCUUCACCUCGAUUAGCAUUUGCUGUUGCGGAUUCUGUGAAGCCUAAGUCAAAGGAAAACAUUACAGCUGAGAUGAAAAUCAGAUACUUCUCACUUACCAUUCUGGACAGUUUAUGUGGAAUGAUGACACCACUUUUUGAUGCCACGGUUACUAAUCUGAAGCUUGCAACGCAUGGUCGAUUAGAAGGGAUGAAUGCUGUUUUAAUUGCUUCAAUUGCUGCUUCAACUUUUAACAGACAAUUAGAAGCAUGGGAGCCAGUUGUGGAGCCAUUUGAAGGAAUAUUUAAGUUUGAAACAUAUGAUGCGAGUUUAAAUUCUCUAUCAACUGUGGGAAAAAGGAUAUGCAUUGCUGCUACAAGUAUUUUAAACGUCAACUUGAGCUCAGCAAAUAUUGAAACAUUUAUUGAAACGAUCACUUCCUGGGCUAAACACAUAGAACUCGAAGAGAAAGCAAUCAGACAAAUUGAGAAUCGUGAAGGACAGAGUGAUGAUGCAACACUGUCAGCAUUAGAUGAAGAUGAUUUUCAAACUGUGAUCAUAGAAAACAAACUUGGUUGUGAUGUUUUUAUCAAAAGGGUUGAGGAAAACUUAGAUAAAAUCGAAUUUCUUAGGCCUGAUUCUUGUGCCUCUGUGUGGCUCCCACCUCCAAGAUAUUCAGACAGAUUAAAUGUUGCUGAUGAAUCUAGGGAACCCCGUCGCUACGUUGCUGUGCAGAUUGUAGAAGCAAAGGGUUUGUCUGUCGUUGAUGAUGGAAACAGCCAUAGUUUCUUCUGUGCUUUGCGCCUGAUGGUAGAGAAUCAGGAACUAAAUCAGCAAAAGCUUUUUCCACAGAGUGCAAGAACAAAAUGCGUCAAGCCUUCAAUUGUUACAUCGAACAAUGUGGUUGAAGGCAGUGCUAAAUGGAAUGAACUCUUCAUUUUUGAAGUCCCUCGGAAGGGUUAUUCUAAGUUGGAAUUGGAGGUGACUAACCUUGCAGCUAAGGCAGGAAAAGGUGAGGUUGUAGGUGCAUCUUCGUUCUCUGUGGGGCGUGGUGCUAGUUCGUUGAAGAAAGUUGCUUCAGUCAAAAUGCUACAUCAUGCCUAUGAUGUUCGAAAUGUUUUGUCCUAUCCACUUAAACGAAAAGGCACAGACGGGGAAUUGACAAGUGACCAAGGAUGCGUACUUGUUUCUGCUUCUUAUUAUGAAGGGAAAAUAAUAUCAAAUUUUGAACAUGUUUCAGAAGGAGGGAGUGAUAGGGAUAGAGAUGUGGGUUUCUGGUUGGGAUUAGAUCCUGAAGGCCCUUGGGAGAGUUUCCGUUCAUUCCUUCCUCUGUCUGUUAUAACUAAAACUAUGAAGGAUGACCUUAUGGCUGUGGAUGUUGUUGUUAAGAACGGAAAGAAGUAUGGUGUCCUAAGAGGCCUUGCUACAGUCACAAAUGACUUGGACGUAAAGUUGGAUAUCUCUCUAUUCCUUGUUCCCACGGUUCAGUCUCAGGCUACUGCUGCCGAAAGAAACAGUUCUCUUGUUGUUGUGGAAGAAGUCUUUCAGAAUCAACGCUAUCAUCCGACAUUAGGAUGGGGAAACGGUAAGCCUGGGUUUGAUGACAAUGAUCCCAAGACUUGGAGCACUCGAGAUUUCUCUUAUUCCGCUAAUGACUUCUUUGAACCUCGUAUGCCACCUGGUUGGACGUGGGCAUCACCAUGGACUGUUGAAAAAUCUUCUUUUGUCGAUGUUGAUGGCUGGGCUUAUGGGCCUGACUAUGCCAGCUUGAGAUGGCCCCCAAAUUCCGCACAAACAAGUUCAAAAUCCAAUCUUGAUACUGCUCGUCGACGGCGUUGGACCCGUACAAGGAAGCAAAUUAAUGAUCAGAGUCAGACUGCUGCCGUUACCGAUGUUUUUAGUGCCACUGUUCCUGGUUCUGCUACUAUUUUACCUUGGAGAAGCAUGUCCAAGGAUUCAAACUGCUGUUUGCAAGUUCGUCCAUGCAUCAAUAACUCACCAGCUCCAUGUGAGUGGGGUCAACCAGUCAGUCAAGGUGUCGCCUAUACUGGGGGAAAAGACCAACCAUCAGUUGAACAAGGUCCCCAUGCCCGGCAGAAUACUGUGAAGCAGACAAAAACAUCUGUAUCUCCUUUGAGAUUGAAUCAGCUUGAGAAGAAUGAUGUAUUGUUCUGUUGUCCCUGUGAUGGUGGUAAAAAGUUUUGGCUGAGUGUUGGUAUUGAUGCAUCAGUUCUACCCACGGGUCUCAACACUCCGGUAUACGACUGGAAUAUAUCCAUUUGUUCUCCUAUUAAACUGGAAAACAGGCUUCCUUGUGCCGCCGAAUUUGCCAUUUUUGAGAGAGUAAAAGACGGUAACAAUGUUGAGCAACAGCGUGGCCUUUUACCUUCUCGUGGAACUGUGCAUGUAUAUCACGCUGAUUUGCGAAACCCGAUUUACCUUGUGUUGUUUAUUCAUGGAGGUUGGGUUAUGGAGAAGGAUGCUGUACUCAUUUUGGAUGUUGUUAGUAACAAUCAUGCUUCUUCCUUCUGGAUGAUUCACCGGCAGAAGAAAAGGAGGUUGCGGGUAAGCAUUGAGCGUGACAUGGGGGGCACUACAGCUUCCCCAAAGACGAUAAGGUUUUUCGUUCCAUACUGGAUUAGCAACGAUUCCUCCUUGCUUUUAUCAUAUCGAGUGGUAGAAAUAGAACCAGCGGCAGAGGGCUCAGAUGUGGAUUUGGCUAUGCUCUCAAAAGUUAAAUCUGCAAAAUUAGCCAUGAAAACAACUCCUUCUCUGCUCGGGAGGCAGAUUAGUUCUCGGAAGAAUGUUCAAGUGCUUGAAGCAAUUGAAGACACCAGUCCCACACCAAGUAUGCUCUCUCCUCAAGACUAUAUUGGCAGAGGUGGCGUUAUGCUGUUCUCCUCACGGAAUGAUGCCUAUCUGUCCCCACGUGUUGGAAUUUCAGUUGCUUGUCAAUCAUCUGAAAAUUUCAGUGCUGGGAUCUCUCUCCUUGAGCUGGAAAAAAAGCAACGAGUUGAUUUGAAGGCAUUUGGUUUGGAUGGUUCUUACUACAAACUUUCAGCUUUGCUGAACAUGACAUCAGAUAGAACAAAGGUAGUGCACUUUCAACCACACACUUUGUUUACAAACAGGGUUGGUUGUAGUAUUUGCCUUCAACAAUGUGAUACCCAGGCAACAGAAUGGAUUCAUCCUUCUGAACCUCCUAAGCAUAUUAGUUGGCAGUCCGCAAAAGUUGAAUUGUUGAAGUUGCACCUUGAUGGAUAUGGAUGGAGUACACCAUUUAGUGUAGCUACUGAGGGAAUAAUGUCCAUUCUCCUGAAAGGCGAAUCCAAAUUUGACCUACUGAAUCUUAGAGUAGAAGUAAGAAGUGGAACGAAGAGCUCUCGUUAUGAAGUUAUAUUCCGUCCAAGCUCCUUUACUAGUCCUUACAGGAUCGAGAAUCGCUCGUUCUUUUUGCCAAUACGUGUUCGGCAAUUAGAGGGUUCUGUUGAUUCAUGGCGCUCUGUUCUGCCCAAUUCUUCAACAUUUUUCUUUUGGGAAGAUCUUGGUAGACAAAAAUUGCUAGAGAUUUCGGUAGAUGGAGCCGAUUCUACCACUUCACAGACAUAUAACAUUGACGAGAUUUUUGAUCAUGAGCCCUUCCAAGCUUAUGGUGGUGGUGUCUUACGUGUUACUGUCCUGAAAGAGGAGCAAACGAAUGUCGUUACAAUCAGUGAUUGGAAGCCUGGAAGUGAUCCUUCUACAACUUUGAGUCGAAUUCCUCCAUCAAACAUCUUGGGGAAGAAUUUUCAACCUCUGCAAUCAACAUCUAGUUUGGAAGGUGAGUUUCAUCUUGUUGUGGAGGUUCUGGAGCUGGGAUUGUCUAUAAUUGAUCACACCCCCGAAGAGAUAUUAUAUCUGUCCAUCCAGAAUCUUCUGCUAUCUCAUUCAACGGGACUUGGCUCUGGAACCAGUAGGCUUAAGAUUAGGAUGCGGGGGAUUCAGGUGGAUAAUCAGUUACCUUUAACUCCCAUGCCGGUUCUGUUUAGACCACAGCGAGUUGGAGAUGAGAAUGAUUACAUAUUAAAAUUUUCUGUGACUCAGCAAUCAAACGGAUCACUGGACUUACAUGUAUAUCCAUAUAUAGGUUUCCAGGGUCCUGAAAAUUCAGCUUUUUUAAUUAAGAUCCACGAACCCAUCAUUUGGCGGAUUCACGGAAUGAUUCAGCAGGCGAAUCUUAGCAGAUUAUAUUCUGUCCAGAGCACUUCUGUCUCCGUUGAUCCAACCAUUCAGAUUGGUGUUCUCAACUUCUCUGAAGUUCGAUUCAAGGUUUCCAUGGCUAUGUCUCCUAGUCAGCGGCCUGUUGGUGUUCUUGGCUUUUGGUCGAGCUUGAUGACUGCUCUGGGUAACACGGAAAAUAUGCCAGUCAGGAUGAAUCCGCGGUUCCUGGAAAAUGUUUGCAUGCGGCAAAGUGUUCUUGUUGCCAAUGCUAUCUCUAAUGUUAAGAAGGAUCUUCUCAGCCAACCUCUUCAGCUUCUCUCUGGUGUUGAUAUCCUUGGUAAUGCGAGUAGUGCACUUGGACACAUGAGCAAAGGUGUUGCUGCCUUGUCGAUGGAUAAGAAAUUUAUUCAAAGUCGUCAAAGACAGGAGGGCAAAGGGGUGGAGGACCUUGGUGAUGUUAUCAGGGAAGGGGGUGGAGCAUUAGCUAAAGGGCUUUUCCGAGGAGUAACUGGUAUUUUAACUAAGCCACUUGAAGGUGCAAAAGCUUCAGGCGUUGAAGGGUUUGUUCAAGGUGUUGGGAAAGGAUUAAUUGGUGCAGCUGCACAACCUGUUAGUGGGGUUUUAGAUCUUUUAUCAAAGACCACGGAAGGGGCCAAUGCAGUGAGAAUGAAGAUUGCAUCAGCUAUUGCUUCAGAAGAUCAACUGCUCCGGAGAAGGCUGCCUCGUGCUAUUAAUGGUGAUAAUUUGCUUCGUCCUUAUGAUGAAUAUAAAUCACAGGGACAAGCAAUUUUACAGCUAGCUGAAUCGGCAUCAUUUUUCAGCCAAGUUGAUCUGUUCAAAGUACGUGCUAAGUUUGCCUUAACAGAUGCCUAUGAAGAUCACUUUUUGCUUCCAAAGGGAAGAAUCGUUGUUAUUACACAUCGAAGGGUGAUUCUCUUGCAACAACCAUCGAACAUUAUUAUUGCUCACAAGAAGUUUAACCCGGCAAGAGAUCCGUGUUCGGUUUCAUGGGAUGUGGUUUGGGAUGACCUUGUUACAAUGGAACUGACGCUUGGAAAAAAAGAUCAUCCCAGUGCUCCUCCUUCACGGCUUGUUCUGUAUUUGCAAGGUAGAUCACUGGAAGCUAAGGAACAAAUUCGUGUUAUAAAAUGCAUGAAAGACUCCAAUCAGGCAAUGGAGAUUUAUUCUUCAAUCGAGCAAGUACGGUCUACUUAUGGACCACGACAACUGCAGGCCUCUUUGCAAAGGAAAGUGACAAAACCCUAUUCACCAAAUGCGGAUAUGGCCUCUGAAGCAUUUUCGAAUGAAGGCAUUGGUGCUUCUUCUCCUUCGCAGCAGUUGCCUACAUCAGUACCAUUAAGCUCAACCUUUGGAAGCAGCGAUCAAUGA